AAGCUAGGCAGAGUUUGGAUUCUUCGUUCCAAGCGGAACGCCGAAGGUUUUUUUUUAAAGCUAGAGUCCUUGCUACCCGCGUUUUGUCAUCAACCGGAAGAGGCAGGGUGCGGUGUGGGCCGGGUGUUGUUCUCUGUAUGUGUGGUGUGUGUAUUCGUAUUCUUUGUGCUCAAGUGUUAAGUGUACUCUACUCGUUUAAUCGAAAUCCCCCGAGAUCUCCAAUUCCGGGAGCUGUCAAAGCGAUGCCGGAUCGAAGAUAUUAGCCAAGAAAGCGGCAUCCAAACUCACCAAACAACCAAGAAACAACCAACCGAAUCCAAACCAAAGCAGCAACCCCCGUAUCAACCCCGUGUCUCUUUAUCUCUCUCAUUCUCUCACUCUCUCUCUCUGUCUAUCUCUAUUUAACGCUGUCUCAAUCGCCGUACUCCUGUACCACCUGUGUUUGAUAACCAGUAAAAUCGAAACGAACGCUGGAAUAGAGAGCGAGAGUGAAUAAGAAAAACUCAACACCGAAGGUCAAAGAAAAGAGUUUUGUGUGUGUGUGUUUUGUUUUUGUUGUUGUUGUUACUGUUGUUACAAAAGUACAAGUAUUGUUCCCCAUUUUGUUCGUCUAGUUGUAAAAUCUAGAGAAGAAUAGGAAAGCAAAACUUCUACACGAAAAACAAAAAAAGCAAAUAACAAAUUAUAACAAAACUAAACAGCGUCCAAGUAGCCGUCAAACGUUUGCCGGUGUCGUGUUUUGUACCGCUGCACAAGUGUUAUACGAAGCAAAAACAAGGCAAUAUAGAGAAAAAGAAAACCCUCAAAAUCACACUAGAAAAAAGAGUUAGCGCAAGAUGCUUCUCAGCCGAAAUAAACUCGGAAGCAUACGUCCGGCGAAGCAUCUGAAGCUCGACAGCAUGGACGCACCGGCCACGUCCGAUAUCGUCAUCAUCAAUGGAAACUCUCAUCCGGAUCUGGCAAACCUGAUUGCGAAUCGACUGGGUGUGGCAAACGGUGGAUGUGCGGUUUAUCACAAAACGAAUCGCGAAACGAUGGUCGAGAUUGGCGAUUCCGUGCGUGGUAAAGAUAUCUAUAUUAUACAGACCGGCACAAAAGACGUCAACAACAACAUCAUGGAGCUGCUCAUCAUGGCGUACGCGUGCAAAACCUCGUCGGCCAAAUCGAUCGUUGGUGUGAUCCCGUAUCUGCCGUACUCGAAGCAGUGCAAAAUGCGCAAACGGGGCUGCAUCGUGUCGAAGCUGCUGGCGAAGAUGAUGUGCACGUCCGGCCUAUCGCACAUUAUCACGAUGGAUCUGCACCAGAAGGAAAUCCAGGGCUUCUUCGACUGUCCGGUAGAUAAUCUGCGUGCCUCCCCGUUUCUGCUCCAAUACAUCCAGGAAAGCAUCCCCGACUAUCGCAACUCGGUGAUUGUCGCGCGCAAUCCGGGCUCGGCGAAAAAGGCCACCUCGUACGCGGAACGGUUGCGUCUCGGGAUUGCUGUCAUACACGGUGAGCAGAAGGAAUCGGAAGCGGACGAGGUGGAUGGGCGCAAUUCGCCACCGACGUUGCCGAAGUCGCGCACGAUGGACGUGUCCGGUGGGGUGCCGAUCCAUCCGGCAAAGGAAAAACCGCCAAUCAAUGUAGUGGGUGAUGUCGGCGGACGGAUCGCCAUUAUGGUGGACGACAUGAUCGACGAUGUGCAGUCGUUUGUGGCGGCGGCUGAGGUGCUGAAGGAUCGGGGCGCGUACAAGAUCUACGUGCUGGCGACGCACGGACUGCUCAGCCAGGAUGCGCCCCGGCUGAUUGAGGACUCGGCGAUCGAUGUGGUGGUGGUUACGAACACGAUACCGCACGAGAUACAGAAGAUGCAGUGCCACAAGAUUAAAACGAUCGAUAUCAGUAUUCUGCUGGCGGAAGCGAUUCGCCGCAUACACAACAAGGAAUCGAUGUCGUAUCUGUUCAAGAACGUCACGCUAGAGGACUAGACUCGAACACUCUCUCACACCGGCACACCACUCCCUCACGAAUGCGUGCUUUUCUUCUGUUUUCACUUACCCUGGUGUCUUUACUUUAUAUAUAUAAAAAAAAAUCGCAUUUACACGCAUUCACCGCAACCGCCCAGUGUUGCUAAUCCUGCACCAUAACGAAGAAUUGUAAAAAAAAAGGAAACGUUAAUCAGGCGUGACAGCAGGGACCAAAUAACAGCAACAAGCAAACAAAUGUCCAUCUUCCCAACGCUUUUAACCCUGGCAUAUUCUUUCUUCUUUUAAUUCGUCCUUUUAUAUUGUGCUAUUAUUGUUUUUAACCACCAUUUCCUUUUCAUCGUAACACUUGCUUAAAAUAUCCAAAAACAAACACACUCACACGCAUGCAACAAAGCUCAUGAAUAUGAUAGUAUAGUCAAUAUAGUGUAGCGAUUUAGAAAGGUAAGGAUCUUGCUUGAGGCAACGAUCUAUAAACAAACAAAUUAUUAAAAAAAGGUAUCAAGAAGAAUAAAAAUCACAAAACCAUAAUACAGGAAGGGAAGGUAUGUGCAUAAAAAAGGGACACGACGCGCCCCAACAUAGGAACAACAAAAACCUUAUUGUACCAACCAUUUUGUUUUCGUUCCUUUUUUUCCUUUCUUUUGUUUUUUUUUUGGUUUUCUACGGUUUAGGAAAUGUAGAGUACGAAGAAUGAGUAGGCACGAUCUGCACUGGAUCAAUAAAGUACACUGAAUGAUUUUGGAAUUUUA